AUGGAUAAAAAUGGAGAAUAAAUCUUCACAUCAGAGUUUUGGAGAGAAAUAAAUGAACAAUAUUUCAUUGUCUAAUCUCCAGUUUAAAUAACAGAUAUCGAUAUUCUCAAAAGCAAACGUAUUAUUGUGAUCAAUAGAAGUAGCUCGAAAUGGCAGAUCAUCAAAAUUUCCGAGUCCCUUAAAUAAGGUAAUUAGGUAGAACAAUCGAGCCAAGCUAUUCUAAACAAACUUAAGCAAUUUGAAAACAAGAUUUUAGUUGCUCUUUCUGCAAAGACAAUCAAAAUAGGAAUCGAUAGAAAGUUUAAUAGAUGAAAUGAUAGACUAAGUAUGUUUUGAUCAUCUGUCAACUGAAUUAUAGAAGGCGUAAGAAUUAAUAAGGAAUAUAACUCUUUGUUCUGAUACAUAGCAAUUGUAGAUUUACAAUCAAGAAGCAGAUUUAUUAUCUAAUUUAAUGCAUCAAAUUGAUUGGCCAGAUGAGUUAAGCAUUUCAAUAGAACAAUAUCAAUAAUAACUUAAUGAAAUUGCUAGUUGCAACAGGAAUGCAUUGCAAAUGUAUUCAUAUUCAUUGUAAAUUAGUUUGGAACAGCACAUUCAUCAGAUAAACUUAACUUUAUUGUAUACUUACAAUAGCUCUUAAACAGGGGAACAUAAAUUGAAAUUGACUAGAUCGAGACUGUCCAAUCAUUAAAUCGAAUUGAGUUAGCUCAAACACCUAAUUAUCUCACAGUAAGACUAUUAAGUCGCUGAGAGUAUUGCGAAAGCAACUUUCAAUGAUUAAAGUAAUUAUUACAAUUAUCCACUUCAGACAAUACCGUCCAUGUUAUUUUAGAUAAGUAUUUGAGUAAAACUCCCAUCACUAUGAGUUUGGAGGAUUUUGGCAAUCUCCAGAGAUUUCGAGAACAACAGAUUGAUUUAGUAACUCAAACAUGCAAUUUGAGAUCUGAUGUAAUUCUGUAGGUAUGAUAGUAGGAUGUGUUCGAAAUGUAGAUGUGCCAUUUUUGUAAGGAGAUGGUGGAGAUUAAAAAUCUGAAAUAGUGCCAAUAUAACCAUUAUUCUAUGGGUUUGCAUGAAUACAAUUUAGAUUUAUUGAUCUGUCAGAGAUACCAAAUAAAUGCCAAGCAAGCAAGAUAAUUUCUGAUUGAUUUUUAUUCAGGGAUUUAUGUGAUAGAAAGUACGGAUAUCAUUGUUAUCAUAGACAAAUAAAUUAUGUGUUAGAGGUACUUCUGUCUAAAGUGUCUAAAGUACGAUUUUGAUUCUUAUGAGACCACAUCUUAUUUGUGGAUUUGUCCUGUGUGCAAAGUAUAAUUCAUUAUUGAAAUCUAGGGAUUCUGCACUUGCCAAAGAUGCGAAAGAAACGACAUGAUCUAUAAGAUGAAGAGACAAUUCUUGGAACUUAACGGUGAUUUAGAUGAUGUUUACAAGACAUCCUACUUUGAGAGUUUGGUCAAAGAGAAGAGGAGGCAGUUGUUGGACAUUCCUUUAGAGUUCCUGAACAACACAAAAAAUGAAUAUGAAGAAACCAUUUAUUAAAAGGCUAAUAAGAGAUAAAAUUAGCUUAAUUAAAUUAGGAAGAGGAUUAAUAAAGAUGAUUCACGAAUAGUUAAGAAAAGCCAAAAAUUGUAUCAAUAAGAGAGUUCAUCAUCUUCGAUUAAGAUGAAAAGAUCAAAAGAAACAACAACUCAGAAUACAAUUUCUAGUUUGGAUUCAAUUAAUUCACAAAUGUUUAUUUGA